CGGCUGGCCGCGCGGUCCCCCGCCCUUGUCCCCGGCACCGAGAGUCGCAGGGACGCGGAGCGGGAGGCGCGUGGCAGCCAGCGGCAUGGAGCCCGGGACAGCCGACGGCCGCUUCCUGGGCGACGUGGGCUUCUGGGUGGAGCGCACGGCCGUGCACGAGGCCGCCCAGCAGGGCGAGGCCCUGCGGCUGCAGCAGCUGAUCGAGAGCGGCGCCUGCGUCAACCAGGUCACGGUGGACUCCAUCACGCCCCUGCACGCGGCCAGCCUGCAGGGCCAGGCGCAGUGCGUGCAGCUGCUGCUGGCCGCUGGUGCCCAGGUGGACGCUCGGAACAUCGACGGCAGCACCCCGCUCUGUGACGCCUGCGCCUCGGGCAGCAUCGAGUGUGUGAAGCUCUUGCUCUCCCACGGGGCCAAGGUCAACCCCCCGCUGUACACGGCCUCCCCGCUGCACGAGGCCUGCAUGAGCGGAAAUUCUGAAUGUGUGAGGCUCCUUAUUGAUGUUGGGGCCAAUCUGGAAGCACACGAUUGUCAUUUUGGGACCCCUCUGCAUGUUGCCUGUGCCCGGGAACACCUGGACUGUGUCAAAGUGCUGCUCAAAGCAGGGGCCAAUGUGAAUGCGGCAAAGCUGCACGAGACAGCCCUUCAUCACGCGGCCAAGGUGAAGAACGUGGACCUCAUAGAGAUGCUCAUCGAGUUUGGCGGCAACAUCUACGCCCGGGACAACCGGGGGAAGAAGCCCUCUGACUACACGUGGAGCAGCAGCGCCCCCGCCAAGUGCUUCGAGCACUACGAAAAGACACCUCUGACCCUGUCCCAGCUGUGCAGGGUGAGCUUGCGAAAGGCCACCGGCGUCAGAGGGCUGGAGAAAAUCGCCAGGUUGGACAUCCCUUCCAGGCUCAUCGAUUACCUCUCCUACAACUGAGCUGCAGGCACAGGAGGCAGGCGCAGGCCGGAGGCUGCUGGCCUGGCCAAUCCCAGCGUUGUUUGUCUGAAGCCCUCGAUUGCCGCAGAUAGGACGACGCUCCCCGGGUCCCCACUGGCCGUCCCGUUUCAUCUUCACUGCAGACGCCUGGAGAGUAUUUCCAGGGCAUCGAGAAGGCCCUGCCUCGGCUUCUGUUGGGGACGUGGCCCCUGUGCUGGCUCUCCUGGAACUCUGCUCUAACUCUGGCAUCCCCAGCCGUCCAGUUGUCCUCUUUCUGCCGACCUUCCUCAGAGGGACUCUCGGGAAAGACCCCCUCUGGGAGCCCAGGCGGAGGCCGGGUGGGGCUGGGGGUGCAGGGUGCUGCAGCUGACUUCCGCGCGCCCGCACGGUGUCACCUCAUUAAUUCAGCACCGGGGCGGCCCUGGGGGUUCAGAGGGUGGAGCCUGUGCCGCAGAGGGCGCCGAGACCCGAGGAAGCCGAGGUCCCGCCACGUGGCCUAGGACAGCUGCGUUGGUGACAUCUGCCACCUGGAUGCUUUCUCCUGGAGCCGUGGUGGGCACCUUCCCGGGCCCACCUGCCCAGGUGUGCCCAGCACUCAGGGCUGUGUACGGUCGUGUGGGGGAAGACUCAGGCUCUUCGGUCUCCACGAGCAGCACAGCGUUUCGUGGGAAGUUUUCCCUUCGGUUUUAGGUCUCUUAAAAAGUUUAUGUCGGGGAUGCAAAAAACCUCUAGAAGACAUAGAGGCUGUAACAGGUUUUGUUAACGAGCCUUUAAAACAAAAGGCAACGUGAGGACGUGUUAGCACACACUUCCACGAAUGUGAAUGACUUUCGUGUUUCUAUGGUUGCCCAAUGAAUUGCUUCCCACCCUAAAUUUUGCUGACUCCUUGAAGUUCUGAAAUUGGUGGAGGGGGUGGCCGGCACCGACCGCUGAGUCAUGCGUUUUGCAGACACUCGUGGAACACCGUCUGUGCUUAAGGCAUGGUCUCCGCGCCUCGAACCCCAUCAGAAGCAGACUCAUUACCCAGCGCGGGGAAGGAAAGUUUUGCAAUCCGGUCCUAUAGCAAUAGAAAUAAGUAGUUCUGCAUGAUAAGCCACGAGGUGAAGUAUAUUCGGACUGCCUUUGUCUGCCUGAGAUUCUGUAUUGUAAUUAUAAACAAACAAAAAAGAAGACCGGGAGUUAAACUAGGGGACUUUGCAUAAUUAGUUCAGGUAUAUUUGGUUUCUGGGGAAACGGAGAAGGCACCACUCGUGAACGCUGUCAGAGGUCAAGCCCAAAGCCAGUGUCCCCAGAAAUGUAGACAUCGCCACAUGCUCCGAGGUCUGCCUCGGCCACCUCCUCCCAGAGAACAAGCUUAAGUGCUCCGAGGCUGUGCCGAGUGUCUGCACGGCGACUUGGUGGGGCCCAAGGCCUGGUGGACGGUGUCCUGCGGGCUGCACAGGGCUGUCCCACCUCCCUGCCACAGCCGUUGUGACAUCACCGCGUGCCGAGCAGGCCCGCCAUUCCCGUUUGGCUUCAGUCUCGGGUUCAAGUUCCGGGUAAAGCUGUGUUUCUGCGUGUUUGUUUCUGUGUGUGCUGAGAGCGACGAGGGGACGAGCCCUGGCUCCGCGCUUUCGUCCGUGUGGCGGACCUGCCGUGGCCUCGAGCCGGCGACAUUGCCACAAGUGGGCGCUCAGGGUGACGGUCUGGGCCCCACCCUCACUGCUCAAUGAAAAGAGUCCGUCCGUGGGUCCGCGUGGCCCUUUUCUCAUUGAAGCAGAAAUGCGGAUGGGCUCCAGCCUGGGUGAGUCCAGCGGGGCCACUGUCAUCCUACCCACGUCUUGGAAGGUGACGUGAUGGCUCCAAGCCUGGCUCAGAUGCCGGUCUUUCUGCCUCUCCUCUCCUAAUGCUGAGCUCAGUGCCGCCCUCGUGUGGAGAGGCACUGCCCAGGGGCCCAGAUGACAGACUUUAGGGCCUCCUGUCCCUCCCCCAACCCCGGCUUUAUGGAGCUGCAAUCAACAACCUGCCUGUGCCCUUAAGUACGGCCGUGACCCUGGACAAACUUUCCCGGCUGCAGAAGAAAGAUAAAAGUCCAGACUUUGACCAUUAAAGAAUGUCGAUGAUCAACGAAUGAAUGUUACGGAUGAGAAAUGGGGCCCCUGCUAGCCUCAUAUAUAUUUUGAGGCUGAAAUUCGGUGAUUAAAAGAUGCCUCGAAAAGUAUAAAGUGCUUCCCAUAUAAUGUAAACGUUACAUGGUUAUGACUGGACUACAGUUUUAUUGGUGUUUGUAGACCUUAUAACUGUGCGAACAACUCCCUUCUGACUUUGGGGUACUAUUUCAGGAGGAAUAUAUGCAGAAGACCUCUCAGGUGACAUUUUAAAACUCAAAGUGCAGCCGACAGGUUUGGAAAAGCCGUUUGCAACAGAGCUAACAAAUGCUUGGUAAUGUAAAUAUAUAAAGAUCUUUUAUAAAUCAUGAAAAAGAUUAACAACCCUAUAGGGGGAAAAAAAAUAGGCAAAGACUGUGGAGAGGAAAUUUACAAAAGAGGAAACCUCAGAUGUCCCCUGGCAGAAAAGGAUGGCCAGUCGUGAUCAGAGAAAUACAAAUUAAUGAAUAUUUAAUUAAACAAAAUUAUAUCGCCACAUCCUAUAGGCUUGACAAACAUUAAAAGGUCUGACGGUUUCUUCAUGUUGACGGGCAACAUGGGCAAUGGGAACUCGUAGACUGCUGAGCGGGUAUUAAUUGAUUUGUGUACUUUGUCGAGCUGUUAGAUGCUCUCUAGGACCAUUAAAAGUGCAUAAUACAUG